AACCAUCAUUCAAUUUCCCCUAUGUUUAUACGGCAGGACGAUCUUCUAUAUAUCUAUCAUCUACGCCCUGGGAAAUCUGACCAUCUCUCUCUCAUCGGCUCCCAUCGAUGGAUAUCCGCAAACGGCGCUAUCGAUGGUGGGGUUGCUGCUGAUUGCUAUGGGUACCGGAGGGAUCAAGCCUUGCGUGUCGGCCUUCGGAGGAGAUCAAUUCGUCAUCCCGGGUCAAGAAAAGCAACUGGGACAGUUCUUUUCUGCCUUCUACUUCGCCAUCAACGGAGGUUCCCUCAUCUCCACUUUCCUCACGCCCAUCUUGAGGGAGGAUGUGCACUGCUUCGGGGAUAAAUCCUGUUUCCCUCUCGCCUUCGGCGUUCCUGCUGCCCUCAUGAUCACCUCUCUCAUGAUUUUCCUCCUGGGAAAACCCCUGUACAAGAUAGUACCACCCAAAGGCAACGUCCUCAUCCAAGUACUUGGCUGCGUCAAACACGCCCUGGGUCGAAGGUGGAAGUCCGGAAAGGAAAUGAAAAAAAAACAUUGGUUGGAUUAUGCCGACGACAAGUUCGACAAGAAACUGAUCCGCCAUACCAAGAUCCUGAUGGGUGUUCUCUUCCUCUACAUCCCCUUGCCUGUCUUCUGGGCCCUCUUCGAUCAACAGGGUUCGAGAUGGACGCUGCAAGCAACGCGGAUGAACGGGAAAAUCGGGAGCUUCACGGUGAAACCGGAUCAGCUGCAAGUGAUAAAUCCCUUGUUGGUCCUCAUCCUCAUCCCCCUCUUCCAAUUCGGCGUAUACCCGGCAUUGGCGAAAUUCGGCCUUCUCACCAAAUCCAUUCCCCGGAUGUUUGUCGGCGGGAUUCUGGCGGGAGUCGCCUUCGCCGUCUCUGGCCUCGUCGAACUUCAGCUUGAGAAAACGUACCCAAAGUACCCUUCCUCCGACCAAGUGAGAAUCCAGAUGAUCAACGGCCUCAACUGCAACCUACAGAUUAAAUCAAACGGAGGUUUGAUGAACAUGGACGAUUCUCCUAUUCCUCCUUUUGGAAUUAUAAUCUUCGACAACAUACCUACUGACCGAGAUCUGGAGCACGAUUUCAACGCAAGUAAUUGUACGCGAGGAGCCUUCGUUCCAGAAAACCAGUUCCAGUGGUCCUCAUCUCUCCCAGACUCAACCCAACUAAACUUGGGGGGAAAAGUUGUGACUUUCCUCGUGAGUGUCGUGAUGAACAAUACCCGUGCUCUUACCGUAACGCGGAUGCAGGACGACGACAUCGAGAAGGGAGAAGGGGGAUUUCCGAAAGUCAGGGUCUUAUUCAAUACUCCGGAUGCAUUUUGGAAUAACACCAUCGUCAAGUUCAAGGCGGAGGAUGAAAUGGGGCUGAAACUGGUGGACGGUCCCAUCGGCGCCACCGAGUAUGGAGAAGCAGAACUAGACGAGAGCACGGUGUGCAUUGAAGAGUUCUCCAAACCAUGCGUGGACGUGAAGAAAUUCAAAGGGGAAUUCGGAGCCACCUACAACGUCCUCAUCCAACGCGACGAAAAGGAAAAUAAGAUUGACCUUUGGCAAUACGAGGUGACGUCUCCGAACAGCAUGAGCAUGUUCCUUCAGAUCCCUCAAUACGUCAUCAUCACCAUCGGCGAGAUCAUGUAUUCCAUCACAGGCCUCGAGUUCUCAUAUCAACAGGCGCCGAAAUCAAUGAAAUCGGUGGUGACGUCAGCCUGGCUCCUCACCAACACGUUCGGAAACCUCAUCGACGUCUUCAUCGUCGCCGUCAAGUUCUUCGACAGUCAGGCGUACGAGUUCUUCCUUUUCGCGGCGAUCAUGGGAGUGGCUAUGGCAGCCUUCGCGACCAUGGGAUAUUACUACCAGUCGGUGGAUAAUCCAGACGCAGACGACGACGAGGAGGAGAAGAGCCGUGAGAUGCUGGAAAAGGAGAAGAUGGCCUACCAAAACAAGGCUCUAGAUGAUGACUAAUCGUAUCGCAGACCCGAAGGACACUAAUUUAUGCAGCCAUCGCUGCCAUUCCGUGACCGUCGGGUGGAUUCGGUGGGAUCAUUGAUCCUAAAAACCUUAAUAUAUAUGGAUAAAUUUUAUUGCUAAUGGAAGCACGAACGGGGUUUCACUACCGAUUUCACCUAUGUCUUAGUGCCGGGAAGAUUUGAAUGGCAUCAUUGAAACAUUGUUGAAAAAAUGAGUGAAGGCGCAAGCGAAAAUCACUCUUCGCAACCGCUUUUGUCGUUCUUUUUGCCGUUGUACAUCCGUUUUCAAUUGCAAAAAGAAAUGCUGCAGUGUUACGAGACAUUCAAUACCGUUCAGGGUAUCCUGAACUAUGUGUGAACAUGCUGUUGUAUUCUGCUUUCACUUCAAUAUCAUUGUUGGAUCCUAUGUAAUACACAACCAUCCUCGGAUCGAUAGUUUGUUCCCUGGUUAAUUCCAAUAAAUAAUUUAGUGUUGGUUGGAAC